GUUAAAGUAUUUAAAUGUAGAGGGAGACAGAUGCUGUAUGUGGACUGGAGGCGACCACAAGAAACACACGUGUGGGAGGAAGGUUAAUGUUUGGAGUUUUACUAUCUGCGCACCUUAUGGAGAGAGACAUCUGUGGCACCAGUGCCUGAGCUGCGCACAAGGCAAACACACCCGCGCUGUCACUCAUGGACUUCAUUCAGAAGUUUAUUUUUUCUAUUUUAAUCACUUGUUUUUAGGGAAUUCUCAGCGCGUAUCUUAACGCUGGUGCGUAAUGGUCCGUGCGUAAAAUUUUAAAACGCUACUGCUGCGUGACGGAAAGUCAAAGACGGGUUUAUUUCGACUUGAAGGAGAAAGUGGGUGAUUGACACGAAGAGGAUUUAGUGGAGGUGUUGUUUUUUUUUGUGACAGCGACACUUUCUCCGGAGUUUGGAUUGGCACCGGAGUCCAAACCAAAUCUCCUGGACAUUUCUUCAUGUAGAGCGCUGAGUGGAACCUUUCCCCGCGUGGGACCCUGACAGUUUUGGAUCUCUUAAUUUCACGGCUAUCGCCUUCUAUGUGUAACAAGAGGGACAUAAAUCUGGGAAAAUCUGAAAUCCCCAUCAGGAGGAACUGUAUUUCCAAGAGCUUCUAGCUGCGAAUGAGCGGAGUAUUCAUGAAGCAAUAUCUGAACUAUUACAAGAUGAGGCUGAGAACAUCGAGGUUAGGUUAUCUGUUACUCCAGUUCACGGCGCUUUGCUUUUACGCACAGGACUCUGUGCAGUCACCUCCUAACUUCAAGCACCAUGUCACCGAGCAGAGCCGUCUGUCGGACCGCAUGAGCCGCCGCUUGACCCGCACCUAUCAGCUGUACAGCCGCACCAGCGGCAAACACGUCCAGGUCCUGGCCAACAAGAGGGUCAACGCCAACGGAGACGACGGAGCGGUGCACGCUAAACUGGAGGUGGAGACAGACUCCUUUGGAAGUCGCAUUCGCAUUAAAGGGGUGAAGACAGGAUAUUACAUAUGCAUGAACAAGCGGGGGAAGCUGAUUGGCAAGCGGAAAGGACGUGGCAAAGACUGUAUCUUCACCGAGAUUGUUCUGGAAAACAACUAUACGGCCCUCCAGAACGCCAAGUACGAGGGCUGGUAUAUGGCUUUCACACGCAAGGGCCGUCCAAGGAAGGCCUCCAAGACCAAGCAGCAUCAGAGGGAGGCCCACUUCAUGAAGCGUCUGCCCAGGGGACAUUUGCUGAGUGAGAGGAGGCCGUUUGAUGUCCUUCCUCUCCCUGUCCCGGUGCACCCUUUCAACAAGCGGACUAAACAUUCCCAUCAGCAGCAGCGCUCUGGGGGCCGCUGAGGACUCAGACCACUGAUGGAGAACUGUGGUUGAACCAGCACAAGAACCACUACCAGAGGAAACAAGUGCUCCCACACCGUACAGUCAAGUGCCCAUACACUUUUUGCCUCAUUUUGUGGACUUGUUAUGUAAUUCUUUGUACUGGAUUGUGUGUAAACAAUCUAAUAUCUAAUCUGCUAGUUAUUUCCAAUUCAGUCAAACUUUAGGAAUGUGUUUUUCUUCUCUAAUCAGGGGGCAUUUACAGAACUGAAGAGCUCAACUACAUUGCCAUGAACCUUUGGUUAGGAGUUAGCCUGCUCAGCAACAAAGAAUGUUUAAAAAAAAGAAAAGAAAAAAAAAAUGGAGUACAAUGAAGCUAGACACGGCAGCUAUCUGUGGAUUUCUUUUCUUAAGGUCACAGCGUAUGAGUCUCAGUUGACAUGCUAUCUUGCCUGUAGGAGGACUGCCUGUGAAAUUUAACCUUGUUUUUUUGUUGUUUUUUUCUACAUAUAUAUAUUUUUACUGUAAAAAUGUAAAUUGUGUCAAAUGAUGGAAAAUAUUUAUUGUAGAGUGUAUAUUAAAACCACUAAAGAAUCAG